CCCCCAAACUUCAGCCCCGCCCUGCGCCUCUCACUCAGCCUUCUUCCCCUUCUUCUCUUCCUUUUCAUAUCAGGCUAUGGCAAUGCCUUCGACGAAGCACUUUUUCUGCUCUUCAGAAUCGCAAUGUCUGGCAUCGAGGUUGCUGGGCUUGCCAUAGGCAUAGUACCAAUUGUUGUCGAGAUCAUCAAGUCGUUCCAAACCACCAAAGACCGCCUCAAAACCUUCACGCACCAUGCUCAGGUCGUCUACGAUGUACAACUUCGCUUUCGUGUCGCAGCAACGAACUUCGCCAACGACUGCCAACUGUUGUUAAAGGCUGUGGUCGAAGAUGCCAGUGAAUUGUCAGAAAUGAUAGUAAAUCCGAAGCAUCAAGGUUGGAAAGCUCCGUCGCUAGAGGACAACUUUCGCCGUUUCUUGGAACGAGAUUAUGAGCUCUGCGAGGCAGUCGUGGUGCGUGUCCGCGAUGUGCUGCGAGAGACACAGUCCCAACUGGCCGAGUUAAGCAGGAGCGAUACCGAAACCUCCAGAUUGAGAAACCUACAACAAGCGUUUAACAUUACACUCAAAGAGAACCAGUAUCGAAAAUGGUUGGACGAAUUAGACCAGUGGAAUGUUAAGCUUGGAAAUCUACGCGCCCAACGUUGCAAAUUGAAGAAACGUCGACCUCACCGCCUCGAUGCCACCGUCCGAAGGAGUGUACCAAGGCACUAUACCGACAUUCAUACUGCUUCACAGGGGCUGUACGAGACCCUACAGAAGUCGUGGUCAUGUACCAAUGCCUCACACGUGGACCAUCAGGCAAAAUUGUCAUUAGACGCACAAGCUGACUACGGGACUGCACGAUUAGAUGUCGUCAUCGCAUGUCGCAGGAGGGACUCAGUGCAAGGUCGAAAAGGAUCGGCCGAGCCUCCCAUAUGGUUACAUGUUCAGUCCGUCACCUCGAGUGCUACAACAACGGGGCCUGUUGAAAAGCUACCAGCCAUUGCGGGCGUUCUCUCCGAGUCACUACGUGUCGAGCAGCAUUCACUGGACCCUGCACCGCCCAAAGCUCCCACGAAACUAAGAAAGAAAGCAUUAAAGCGAGUACAUUUCGAUGAACCCUCCGCCUCCACCUCGACAGAGGAUUCAGCGUCGACAGCGAACUUGGCGAAAGCGGCAUUCAGAAGCAGCGUCGGGCCCAUGAUGUCGCUAAAUUCACAAGCGCUUUCCUUUGCGAUGCAAAACCUAAGGGCAACCCAAAGCUUUUGCUGUCAUCUGAGCAACGCAUGUCUAUCAACCAGCCACCAUGAUCCAUGUUUAGGUUAUUUGGAGACUCAGGAGGCGCUCAACACAUCCAAAUUCAUCUUCUACGAUGCCGUGAGACACAGUGAGACAGAAGCAGCGAAGAGGAUAUCCCGCAAAGAUUCAAACCCAAUCACAAGCAUACUGGAAAAGCUUCAAGUUCUGCAUCAACUCACGAUGGCACACAAACUAGCAGUCGCGACACUGCAGUACCAUUCCACCUCCUGGCUCGCUCCUGACUGGGAUCUCCACGACGUUUCUUGCUUUGACGACCCAAGCCACACCACUGACGAUGACAUCGCUCGAUCUCUCCAAACCCUACACCUCAGCACCCAAUUCCCACCCUCAAGAUCAACUCCACUAGGUCGAAAACGCCACGAUCACAACCAGCUGAGAUACCUCUAUGGCAUCCGCAACCUAACCCUCGCAAAGCUAGGCGUGGCUCUUCUCGAAAUCGGCCGCAAGAAGGACAUCACCAGCCUCAGCACUGACGAAAUGCCUCACUGCGUGAUCAGCGCCCGGAAACUCCUCGCAGAGGAUCCGUCAUCCCUAGCCUCGCUUGGAAAGAGGUACAUUAAGAUGGCUCGCCAGUGCAUCGACUGCGACUUCUCGUGCGGCGACGAUCUUACCGAGGAGGAGUUGAGGAGUGCGGUGUAUACGGACGUCGUCUGUGUUCUAGCAGACAUGAUUGGGGAUUGGAAACAGUUCCUUGGGAUCAAGUAGACGCCUUUUUGGAUAUUUUUCCCUUUAUGGCAUUCCCACACACGUACGCGUGGUGGUGUAGAUGAAACGACUUCAUGUACUAUAUAAUGAUAAUAUACCGUCACUACAUACCGCCAGGUCGACUCGGCCUUGGUAUCCUGCACCUAGCAGCAACACAUGGUCCUUUCGAUUAGUGACGCAUCUCCUGUGAGAUCUUUUUAACUAUACAUCAACAUUCUCUAAGUACUCACUCGACUACGACAACAAAAUAGAUGU